AUUGGUCCGGGAUCCGCCCAGGAAGACGCCAACCGUGUCAACUCGGGGAAAAAAAGUCGCUCGAGGAAGAGAAAGUAAAGUUGGCAAUGUUGGCUAAUCGGGAUGCUCUGAUGCUGCCGUCCGUGUAAGGGAAGUAGACGACCUUAUGGACCCCCGGGUGUAGACACUGCAAGAAGCGGCAAAAAAAGAGUAAAGGAAACUGUAGCCUGAUGCUCUGUAGCAGGGAGACGAAACCCGGGAGAGAGCGAGACCUCCGCGUGAACCCCGACAUGACGCCUGAUCUCCUGAACUUCAAAAAGGGAUGGAUGUCCAAGCUAGACGAGAAUGGAGAGUGGAAGAAACACUGGUUUGUACUCACUGAUGCUGGACUUCGAUACUACAGGGAUUCAAAUGCUGAGGAGGUUGAUGACCUGGAUGGAGAAAUUGAUUUACAUUCCUGUGUGGACGUCUCUGAAUUCCAAGUCCAGAAGAACUAUGGGUUUCAGAUACAGACCAAAGAAAGGGUAUACACACUAUCAGCCAUGACAUCUGGCAUCAGAAGGAACUGGAUUGAGGUGUUAAGGAAGAGCAUCCGGCCUACAUGUGCUCCAGAUGUCACCAAGUUGGCUGACGUCAGUAAUAAAGAGAACUCCUUCACUCGUGAAUUCCCUACACGUCGAGGUUCCUCCAGGUCAGAACUGGUAUCAGAUAAGUCAGACGUUACAGUAGUGUCUCAACAUUUUGAUUAUGUGGAGCUGGCUCCUUUGAAGACCCCAGACCUCACGUCAUCUGAGAAUCGACAGGCCCUUAAAGGAGAAGAGAUGGAAAGAGAUCAAGCACAGAGAAUUAUGGACAGGCGACGCUGGUUUGAAACCCCCAGUGGGGGUUCAGUACCAAGUAGAACUACAGGUCAUUUGGACAUGCGAGAGAUUUCAGGAAAUGGGCCACCUAAAAAAGUUGUGAGUUUUUCAGGAUUGAGAGGAAUGAGCUCUGAGGAAAAUGUCCCCUCCACCCCUGAACAGAGAAAAAGAUUAGAAGAGGAAAUUGAAAAACGCUGGCUUGAGUUUGAGAGGCUACCACUGAGAGAAACGAGGCAGGUGCCACUUAUUCCUGCUGGGACGAAUCGGUUUAGCAGUCAGGUCAACGAAACUUUGGAGAAGGAGUUGGCCUCACUUAGACAGCAACUGGAUCGGACCAAGCAAGAGCUUGAAACAGCGCAGCGCAGCUCAAUAGGACAUGUUCCUCAAGGGUAUAUCUCUCAGGUGGCCUGUGAGCGUAGCUUAGAAACCAUGGAACAAGCUCAUGCCCAAGCCUUACAAGAGAUCCAGCGGUGUCAUCAGCGUGAAAUUCAGCGGCUAGAACGAGAGAAAGAUGUGCUUCUAGCGGAGGAGACAUCUGCAACAGCAGCAGCAAUGGAGGCACUAAAGAAAGCUCACAGAGAAGAGCUAGCAAGGGAGACGGAAAAGAUGCAUCGACUUCAGAGUGGUGGGGCCUCAGCCGAAUUGCAGUCUCUGCGCAGGCAGUAUCAGACAGAUAUGGAAUCACUGAAGCAUGAUUUGGAUAGUCUUUCGGAACGCUAUUCACAAAAGUGCCUGGAGGUCAAUAAGCUGAUCCAGACAGCAGGGGAACGAGAGAGGGAACAUAGUCAGCUGCAAAGGGCUCUGGAGGAAGCGCGCAAGCAAAACCAGGAUUUGCAAAGCCGGAUGUCAGAAGAGAUCAGUCGGUUGCGGACAUUUGUCACUAAUCAGGGAUCAGGAGAUGCCGGGAAUCGGACACUGAACUCUUGUGAACUUCAAGUUCUUCUUCGAGUAAAGGAGAAUGAAGUUGCGUAUCUUCAGAAAGAGAUCACCUGUCUGCGAGAUGAACUGGAGACACUGCAAAAGGAUAAGAAGUGUGCAUCUGACCGAUACAAGGAUGUUUACAUGGAACUGAGCAACAUGAAAGCAAGGAGUGAGAGAGAAAUCGGCCAGCUGCGGGAGCAUUUAAGGUUGGCCAUGGCGGCCUUGCAAGAAGGACAGGCUUUAGGAAACAGCAUUGGAGACUAAGUGCACUUUGAGGACACUAUCAUAUCUUCUUUUAAGCAGUUCAAGAAAAUGUAAACAGUGCCUUAAAUCGUCAGCCUUGGGAUCGGAGGUCAGCUGGGCUGAACACUGGCUUCUGUGUUAUGGCUGCACUCUUCUCAUGUAUUUAUUUUUUAUCUCACUCGGUUUUUGUUUUGAUUUUAUUUGCAGCUUUUAAGUCUUUGUUUUUUAAGAUUAUUUCUUAGUACACGUUUUGUGAUCUACUGUAUAAAUUUCAGUUUGUUUAGAUUCCUUACAUAUUUUGAUAUUGGAUUAUUCAAAACAGUUUAUUUUUGCUUUCUUUUUAAUUAGAUUUUUUCCCCUUCUUCUUUUAAAUAUUGUACAUUAUAUAUAGAAGCAGGUUAAGGUGAGCCUCAGGACUUCCUUCUGGUAUAUUAUCAAGGGACUAUCCUGUUCUGUAAAUGUUUGGCGGUAAAAUAAAGUAACAAAGACCUGUGAACAAAAGUGGACAUGCACUAAGAUUACUAAAUUAAAACAGAAGAUGUCCAAUAUAUGUAUGUAGCCUAAACACGCUUUAAGCAAAAGGAUUGUUCCUGGAAGAAAAUGGUUAACAAAAAAUGGUUUAAGACUGUCUCUUAUUAUCGCAGGACUUACAGUAAGACCGGGCCUUAUUCACACUGGACUCUCUGUUGCUGUUUUCCUAAAUGUCUAAAUCUGUGAAUGCCAUCUUUAAUCUCUUGUUAUUAAAUGUUAUAAAAGCUGUGUCUUGGUGACAGCAUCGCUCCAGCCUUUCAUAUUACUUAAAUCCAAACCUCAAAACACUGUUCUCUCUUUGCUGGGUGAUAACGUGUCUCUUCUUUUAUUAUCUCGUUAGCUUUGACAUGUGCAGAUCGCAGAUCUUUCGCUGCCUUAUGUUCAGGCCCUCGUAGUGGCCGAGGGACAGCAUUGUUUUAUAACACACACAGCGUGCACACGUUUUUCUCUAUCCCAGGCCUGACUUGUUGCCUCAACACAGUGCUUUUGAUGAGCCAAUGUUUUUGACUGUAUUUUACAGAUGUGUCAUGUAAACAGUCUGAUUUUUACUUAUGACCAGAGUGUUACAGUUUUUUGUAAAAAUUUUCAAUCAAUAAAUGUGUUUAUCUAAA